AUGGACGACGAGUUGGCCGUCCCACGGUCGACGUUUGUAUUGGCUGCUGGACUUGCUGCCACGUUGGAUUCGACGAGCGUGGAAGUCGCGCGUGACACGGAAGAAGAAGAGACGGCAUUGGAAGGGGUGGCUACGGAAGCGACUGAGAAAGGUGGAGGUGGUGUGUUGGAAACUGAAGCUGUUGGUUUGAUUGAGGAAGAGACGAUUGUUUCGCUUGUUACUGUUGAGACAGAAGAAGAAGAGGUAAGUCAGGUAAUUGCUUCGGUGGAGAUUGAGCAGGAGGUUGCUGCAGCUGUCAAGAACGAGGAAGGAGGUGUCGCUGUAGCACACGCGGUUGAAAAGGAGGUUCUAACAACGUCUGGAGAAGGGGUCGAGACUACAGGGAUGAUGGAGGAAAAGGUUGUGGAAGCGGAAGGAGUCUCUGUAGCAGCAAAGCUUCCUAUUACGCAUGAUGAGUGCGAGACAGCCAUUCAGCUGGAGAGCUUCGAGGCAUCUGCGGUGGAGGUAGUCGAGUCCACUCGUGCUGCAUCGGUGGUUGAGGAUCCGAACUCUGAGAUCGACGAGACGAUGGUGAUUGAUCGGGACGUGGCAGCCACGGAAGCUGCUGACAGCAAGGCACGAACUUCUUCGCUGAGUUGCAUCCCUGACCACAUUCGCAACAACAGCUACGCGGUAUCAUCCGUGGCGGUGGCUGUCGCUGCUGCAGUCGCAGCGACUCUACUUGCGCGUAGCUGUCUGCAUUGGGACGGACUGAAACGCAUGAAGGCUAUCGAGGUCAAUCGAUCGGUCAGCUGGGAGAAGAAACAUCGAGGAAUGUUUCUGACGGUUGCGGGAGUCAAGGGACCGAAGGAACUGCUUCUGUUCGUAAUGAAGCGAGCUACGACUGCGAGCAUUACUUCGAGAGAGCACGUAGCCGACAGUUCUGUGGCUCUGAUCGCGUCUCUCAACUUGACUCGCAACGGUAGCAACGAGGAUGUUGACGUAGGCAGCCCGUUUGCUGGUGUCAAAGGAUGGGGAUGCACCAACUCUCAUCGACGAGACAAUCGUCGUGUCCGUCACGAAGAAGAGGCGACGAAAGCAGCGUGGAGUGCUACGUCUGAAGGUCUGGACGGUGUCCUUUGGUUCAGCUUUCGCCGUUCCGCUGGACAAUCGAUCGUGACGUCGUCAGGAAGCGAUAAAGGCGACCGUGUGUGCCGUAGCGGAGACGGAAGAGAGUGGAAGAUUCUGCUGGCAUUCUUCAAGAUCCUUUCCAGGCAGACGCUGGACGUGGAUAGCGCCGAGGAGACGGAGCUUGAGGCAGAUGAGAGUGGGGAUAGUGAAGAGGACGUACGGACGAUGGAGGAUGGAGGGGUUGUGGACUGGCGUGCUGACGAGGAGGCAGCUGGUGCUGACCUCGCACGUGGCCACUGUCACGUUGUAGACGCCAAGUCGGACAAGAGUUUAUCGGAGACUUUGGCAUUGACGAGUACCUCGGCUACUGCUAUGGAAGCAAAUGGAGUGAUUCCUGCUGUGAACAAGUGCGAGGAGGAAGAAGAGAGGACGAAGGCCUGGGGUCCGUAUGAAGUUGACACGAGGCCUAUUUGUGCCGUGUCCAUGCUCAUUAGCCGCUUUGAGCACCUUGCAAGAUGCAAUGCUGAAGAAGCAGCGAGCGCACGGACGCAUUCACUUCGUGCUGCUUGUGAUUCUUCGGUACUUCCCUCGCCGCCUUGGACGUGGUCUUGUAGAAGCGCUUCUUGGACUGCAGCACACGUAAAAGAGCAGUUGGAUGAGUCACUUGGAGCGGACACGAUUGAGGAAAAGGAGGGGAUGGAAGGCUUGGCAGACGAUGAAGUGGCAAAGGUCGAUGAAGCUCCUGCAUCGAAGGAGGUGAACGAGGAAGCACAAGCUGAUGCGAUGCCUAUGGUCACUAUUGAGAGAGAAGAAACUACGAUCACGAACGAGAGUGAGGAGAGCACUCGUGGCGAGGAAGUUGGGGUGGUCGAUGAUGUUGAUGGUGGUGGUGGUACCCCUGAAACGAUCCUUGUGCCGGAAGUGUCUUUUGGUGAGCUUGUUGUGAAGGAGUUGACUCUCGAGGCAGAAGAUGUCGUCAACACAUCGGAAGCGACUGGAGAAGCUUCGAAUGCAUUCGGGGGUGAGGCACUGGGACCGGAAUUGGUUGACGAGUCAGUAGACGUAGUCGAUAGCAGCGUUGUCACGCAAGACGACACAACUGAGGCCACAACUGCGGUUAAGGUCAAGACCGUUAGAUUCGCUGAAGAGAACGCUGUCAAGAAUGAAGUUGCUUCAGUAGUUUCUGAAGCUAUUGAAGAGACCCCGACCUUUGUGGAGAGGACUGAUGAGGUGGCUGAGACUGGUGUGGAAACCUGUAUGACGAAGGAGAUCACAAUUAUCGAUGGAGCGACUGAUGUAUCGACUUUGUCCGUCAAUGGACUAGGAGAUGAAGCGAUGCAAGACGACCUUGCCAAAGCUGUCCAAGAAGUUGAUGAAGACGCUGCACCAGCAGUGGUGCUGCUUAUUGAGCGAAUCGAAGCUGCUGUCGCUGACUUUUGUACCGACGAGAUCGUUGAUGCCUCGUUGUCGACCAAGGGUCAAAUUGACGAGCAGUCGAGUGACUCGGCAUCUGUAGUGAAGGAGGUGCUUCCUAUUGACGAAGAGGUUGAACCAUUACAGAUUGAAGGUGAUUGUCAGCAGAACAAGUCCAAUAUGAUGGAGAGGAGGAUACCUGAGGUCAUACAUGAAGCCCCCAGUAUCCCGACGAAAGAUAUUGCAGUAGCGAGUGAAGCUACUGCAAAGGGUAUCGUGGAAACUUCAGCACUUGCUAGUCACUUGACAAAGGCUGUUACUGAUGACAUGCCAGAAGUUGAGAAGACCCCCUGA